AUGGCCGCAAGCCCAUACCCGGUCUGGGGAUCGCUGACCCCUGGGGUAACAAACAGCGGACAGGCAACGCCCAAUUCACCAGGGUCAGUGAACAACGACCUAGUUACUAUGAUAAUUAAGCGAUUAGAUAGUAUGGAUAGUAAACUUGCUCGCCUAGAUUCCAUACAGUCUAGUGUAAACACUAUAAAUACCAGAAUACAAAGCAUGGAUACCAAGAUCAAUGAUCUUGAGAGCAAGGUGCGUGACAUCGAGCGGAGUCGCGAAUUUGACAGCCAAACCUUAUCCGAAAUAAGUAAACAACAUAAAGACUUAGACAGCUUUACCCAAAAAAUGAAAAAGUUUGAAGAGGAGCAUAGGGUAACAGAGAAUACCCUGAAAUCUGAGAUAUUAGAUCUCAAAUGCCGCAGUAUGCGUGACAAUUUAUUGUUCCACAAAAUACCUGAGGAAAAAGAUGAAAUCUGCGAGCAAAAGAUACUACAGUUUAUUCAAGAAAAGCUUAAAAUAGACAAUGUUACAGAAGUAAUACGACUGCAGAGAGCGCAUCGGAUCGGUCCCUACCAAGGUGAUAAGACCCGGCCGUUUGUGGCCAAGUUCUCCGACUUCCCUGAUCGUGAGAAAGUUCGUCGGGCGGCGAAGGAAUUUAAAGGAACACAGUACGGGAUCUCGGAACAGUUUCCUAAGCAGGUUGUGGAGCAGCGCCGGAAACUGGUUCCCAUCAUGCUCCAGGCCCGGAAGGACGGCAAAGAGGCUUUUAUUAAGGUCGAUAAGCUAUUUAUCAACAACCAUCUCUACCGCGGACCCUGUUAG